AGCGACAGUUUAUAGUUACCAAAAUGGCGGACGAGUCUGAACUGGAAUUUCUGUAUUGAUUUAGACUGUUUUGCGAAUGGCAUUAUGUAGCAAGCAUCAAAUCACUCGGGUACUUUUGCCCUGGAAGCACCCUCAUAUAACGGAGCUCUGAGGAGCAGAAAAACAUGGCUGGAAGUUUGAGAGGGAGUCUUGGGCUGAAAAGUGGCCCACUAGCCCCAACAUCUGCCAAACUGACAACACAGUAUCUAGUUCUGGAUCACAUGAACAACCAUUACCGCAAGAUAAAUAAAGCUAAACCUGCCAUUGAUAACCGACCACCCAAAUCUAUCGCACAGAGUCAGAAAGUUCGAGAAAGGAAAGAACGUGAUCACAUAAAAAAACAAGGAACAAGUCGGCCAACUUCUCGUAUGUCUGUGCGGCCAGUGUCACGAAAUGAUGUUGAUGCUGAAUAUUAUGAUGAGGCAGAAUGGGAUGAACCCGAAGAUGAUGAUGAGAGGCUGGUGUAUGACAUCAUGAGGACAACCCUGAGAGAAAACUACCCUGCGAGUGCUGACGCCACAUAUGGGUCAGGCCAACGACCCCGUGGACAGUCCCCCCGGUGGUUUCAACAAAACCAUCAGAUACCAGGAUCAGGUUCAGGCCAACAAUCUACAGACCUACUACAGACCGGAGAAACGCCCUUCCUCUGUGAGAUCCACCCACUCCAUGCUAAGCAAUGGAUCUCGCACCAGUCUCACGGGCAAUCCAAAGAAGAACCCAGAUGCGAUCUUUUGCAGAAACGCUCGCACGUAUUCACGGAACCAGAGAAACCGUUCACGCCACGAACUCUGAAAUCGAACCGUCAGUCUCGUCUAAGCGAGUACAAGUAUUACAACCCGCCACCCAAGAAACCAAGUCACAGACAUGAUGACAUGGAACAAACCAGCAGGCAGUUGAUGCAGACAGAGAGAGACUACCGACCCAAGCCCAAACCCCGGGGUACCGCUGUCCAGGACAGGACUGGAACACAAACGUUGUCAGAGAGCCAGCUAAUGUUCGAGACGCUACAGAGUCGAGACUUUAACCGCCAUCAAGGAGAGAAGGACGGGGUACCCAAGCUGGACAUAUCAGUGGACAAGGAUCAUAUGAACUGGCUCCAGGAACAAGCUAGCAAGGCACAGAUCAGGAUGAACAAUGGGAUGAAGGCGCCAAUGGAUCAGAUUGAUGAGACUGAACAGCCUGCUGUCAAUGGCACGAUGAGGUCCUCUCCUGGCGAUCCUAGACUUACUAAGUCGUUUGGCACUAAGUCUUUGAACAGGCAGAGAAUGAGUGAAGCGGACGAAGAACAACAGUAUGUGAUGUUUGCUAAACAGGUCACAGAGGAGGUUCUGAACAGGGGUAUCUACACUGACAGGGUAUUGAAGAAGGUGUUUGACAGACAUGUGGAGAAGCACAAAGGAAAGCUGAAGAUUUCUCGAAUGAGAGCUAUCCUGGAUAAACUACGCACAGAUUUUGGCAUAUCAGAUGACCCUGACCCCUUUGAUGAGGAAGAUGAGUGUGUGAGGACUGUGAGCAUGUUGGAGCCAGACCCUGAUGUGAGAGCAGCUCGACUGGCCAGUCAGAAUAAACCUACUGAGAAUAUUGAUGGUACUCUUACCUCAACAAAUACAUUGAACUUUGACAGUACAGGAGAGGCAUUCAGUACUGUGAGGUCCCAACACAGGAGAGGGUCACAAGCUAGUGAGGCAAGAUCCGACAUUGCUGACAGAAGGUCACUGGCCAGUGCAUCAAGGUCAACUAUUGGGGAGAAAAGAUCAGAAACCAGAUCCCAGCUUGGGGACACAAGAUCAGAGGCAAGAUCCGACAUUGCUGACAGAAGGUCACUGGCCAGUGCGUCAAGGUCAACUAUUAGGGAGAAAAGAUCAGAAACCAGAUCCCAGCUUGGGGACACAAAAUCAGAGGCAAGAUCGGAAGUUAGUGACAGAAGGUCACUGGCCAGUGAAUCAAGGUCAACUAUUGGGGAGAAAAGGUCAGAGUUUGGGGAAACUAUAUCACAGUCUGGUGAAGUAAGAUCGAUAGUGAGUGACUUGAAACCUGAAGGUAAACAGUCAGAUGUGGGUUUGGGCGAGACUGGUGAAAUGACUGCCACCCAGGUGCUGGAGCAAUAUCAGAAGACAAUAACCACCCAAGACAUGGAAGGAGCAAGUAGGUCUGUCAGUGAGAUGGAUAUGAGUGAAAGGAUGUCAUCACGAGGUGAGCAGAAUGAUGGAAUCAUAUCACGAGGUGAGCAGCUGUCAGAACCGGAUUCAUCACUUUUCUCAUCGCCAUCUCACUCCAGCCAAGCCCCAGUACCAGCUCGACGUCGCCGCAAUCCUCAACAUGAGGAGAAGCACUUGCCAGAGCUUCACAAGGCCAAGGUUCUUGAGAGUGCAAGCCAAGGUGAAAAGGAGAUAACUGUGGAUGAAGCAAUAAAGGCUAAUGCCAAUACAGGCGUUGACCUAAAGAAUGAAGAAUCCAUUGCCAUCAACAAUUCCUUUAAAGCAAAACUGGAUGACAAAACUCCUGCUGAAGAAGUAGUGGAAGACUACGAUGAUGAUUAUGAAGAUGAUUAUGAUGCUGAUGAUGAUGACGGUCAGGGAGGUACAACUCACAGAACAUCAGAUGAAGAUUUUUAGAGUGACCAUACAUGCAAUAUGUUGAAUAGAUAUAUAGACCAUAGAUCCCAUGUAGUAUUUUAGUGUACUACAACUGCUACGCCCUAACUGUGAUAAAUGGAUUCGUUGCCUUUUGUGUGCUGUAUUUGGACACACACACAUUGAUAGAUAUAUCUUUUAUGCAGACGAUAUUAUACCAGAUUUUUUAUCUUUCAGAGAAUAUUUCUGAAUGAUAUAUAUUGUACAUUUUAUGCUAUCAUUGUUAGUACUUUGUUCUAUAUAUUUGAAGACUUUUAAAAAAUAAGUGUUGGUUCUUGUGCAAUGUGCAAAAUCUUUGGAGUUAAUAGCCCAGACUUGUCACUUAAGAUUAUUUUCAGUAGAUCUCAGAGUAAAUAUAUGGAGCUUUUUGUAGCAAAUGUUACUAUAUUGAAUGAAAUUAUGUAAGGGUUGAACUACUGAUAACUGGCUGAAAUUGUGGACUUGUACAUUUUGAAUCAACAUUAAGACAGCUAGUACAAGUUCUAACCCUCAGAUAAGGGUUGGGCAUCAUACUUAUUCAGGCACCUCUAAUUUUAUCCUGUGUGAGCCCCAUCAUGACUUUGGUAGGGUUAUUCAUUAUCCUGAAUUCAUCUCUGCUUUGUGUCACUCUGCUUUUCAUGCACAAAGAGAAGCCUUCAACCUUUGAAAGACCUUGGUAUGAGAAUCAGUUGUUCUUAUAUGUUAACCUUACCAUGCUUACCUUACAGCAUGGUGAAUGUAGGUGUGUCUCGUGGAACUAUAGGUGUCUCUGUCAGAUGGAUUGUAUUGAUCUUUCCCGACCUGUGAUAUUAAUUAGUGUCACUAUCUAUGAACAUCUGUCGCAAAAGCCAACUGUUGUUCUAACACAUUUCAUAAGUAUGGUUUGAAUGUGAAGGGAGAAAAAACAAACAUAAUAAACGCGUUGCAAAGUUUGUGCCAAAAUAUUAUGGAUAAGGUGACAUGUGUUCCCUGUUCAAGUCUUGUUCAGACAUCGAUAUACUACUGUGAAACCUUAAAUUUCGGGGGGUUUGUCAUAUUUUGUUCAUGACAAUAUAUGUUUUGUCCCAGCGGCAUCCACAACAGCACCAUCAAUCCUUCACAUGUUUUAUACUAUGGAUAUAUUAAUGUCUUUACACUUUAUUAAGGAAGUUGUGUUUACAUGGUUUAACUGGGUGUGUUAACUCAUAUAAUUUAGUUGUGUUUUUAAUAGUAUGCAAGUUGCUUUCACUGGCAAGAGGCUUGUUCAACUGUUUCUGUUUUUUAGAUAUUUUGUACUAGAUGUAUUUAUCUUAACAUGCUAUUCACUUGAAAACCUAUGGUGAUUGGUGCAAAUAUGCAUUUUUACAGUUUGAAAUUUAUGAAAGCAAUUUAAAAGAAGACCUCAGAUAAAUAUAGUGCAAUUGGCAGAAUACCUCAAGCAGAGACUAGGAGAUAUAAGCACACAGUUAACAUGGCAGUAUGGGAGAUUGUUAGUAGUAAGGGCUCCCCAUGUUAGUUGCCUAUAUAGAACAAAAUAAGUCAUGGAGUAAAGACCAAGAAUAUAAUUUUGUUAAAGUAUACCCCAAAAUAUUAAUUAUCCCAUGUUUGCUCUGCAUGUGCAGUUAUGGCAAUUUUCCUCUGAUCUGCCGAAUUUAUUUCAAAUUGAUAAACUCUGUGAAUCCCCUGAAACACCCCCCCACCCCUUUGAUGACGCAAUAUUAAGUUUUCUGCUGAAAAUAGAGUUUCCUUUUGCCAUCCCUGCAUAUGAAGACCUGUUUUCAAGAUGUUUUUGUAUAAAA